GUAGAACGUAGGACUUCAGCAACACAUUUGUGUUUCACUCUGUUCUCUGCCGCCUUUUUUAGUUGGCUCUACGACUCCCCGCAAUCUUUCAUUUCCUCCGCACAUGAUUUCCAUGUCACACUGAGAUACUCAAUUCAUCAUUGUCCAUCCGAUAGCAUAACGUGUGAUGUUAUUUGAAGAUCUCUUCAGUAUUGAUGUUUUUGUUGGAUUACUUAGAUUACAAAGAAGUGUCAGUCUAUGUUUGGUUAAAUUCUUGUGUUCAAAUAUUCUGGCUCACUCCAUUCAACCAUUUAUUGAAUGCCAGCGUCUGUUUACUGUCUGAGUUCUUUAUUGAAGUGGAUUACUAAUCAAAGUCUUGGAAAGAAAAUGGGUGGUAGUAUGACUAAAAUAUUGCCUGGCUUAUACAUUGGAGGCUUUGAUAAUGCUAAAAAUGAAGAGGAACUAAUAGCAAAUUGUAUAUCUCAUAUUCUUGUUGUACAAAAUUCUAUAAGUGAUAUUGAUAGGUCAGUCAGUCGUAAAUAUUUACAUCUUAUUGUGAAUGAAAAACUGGAGAAUAGUUUGCUGAAACAAAUUCAAUUGUCCAAUGAUUUUAUUCAUCGUGCACGACUAGAUAAUGGCAAUAUAUUAGUAUGCAGUGACUCUGGUAUGUCAGCGAAUGUAGCUGUUGUUGCCGCUUAUCUAAUGACUAUCUAUUCACUAGACUAUCAUUCAGCUGUCACUGUAUUAAGAGGUCUACGCUUUGGUGCACAUCCAGUUGAACCAUUACAACAACAAUUAUUAGAAUUUGAUAGUGAAAGAAGCGUUAAAAAUAAGAAAGAAGAGGAUGGUGAUGAUGUUAAAACACCGCAUCAUUUCAUACCAACAUUGGAGAUAACUUCAGCAUCAGAAAGACAACGACUCAUUUCCAUCUAUGGUGAUUGGCAGUGUAUUGAGGAAGAUUUAAACAUACUUCAUGAUGCCUUAAAUUCCCAUUUGGACUCAACUGAAGAUUCUGAAUUCCCAUUUAUUGUUAAUUAUCAAACGAAAACAGACAAUGGGAUGGAUAAAGAGGAAUUCCAUGAUGAGAAUUCAUUGAAGUACAAUGAUCAAACAAUCAGUGGUGACACAGACGGUGACAACGUUGAGAAUAAUGAUAAUAGUAAUAAAAACAGUAGUAAACGUAUUGCCUCUAUGCCUUCUGAUCAUCCCGCUCCUUCUUCACCUCAUUCUCCCACUGUUGUUGGGGUGGAAUGUGACAAGAAGAACACCGGUGCAUUUAUAUCUGAAAAUGUUAGAACAUGUGAUUCAUCAUCCCUUAACUAUGAAAAUGAAAAUAAUUUAAACGAUGCAGUACUUGCAGAUACACCAACAAAUAAAACCGAGAUAUUAGAUAUAAUCCAAGAAGAUCUGUUUAAAUCGCCUGAUGAAAUGAAUGAAACCGAUGUAUUCCUUGUAGAUCCUGGACAGAUUGCCUUCAUGGACAAUCAGUCAAAUAAAGAUUGGGAUGUAGCUUCACAGACUAGUUCAUUGGUUGGCAGUGAAAAUUCCAUUGAAAUAGGCCUUGAAGUUAAUGAUGACGGUGAUGAUGCAGAAGAUAAUAUACCUGGUGCUAUUGAAAUUCCAAUCAAUAGUAGUGGUAAUGCGGGUGGUGGUGGUGGUGGUAGUCACCGGGGCUCAUAUCACCUUCGAACAGCUAGAACUUAUAACCAUCGUCAUCAACACUACUAUGGAAAGUCGAAUGCUAGUCGAAGUAUGCAUAUCACUGCACAUAGUUUAUAUCCGACUGGACAUAAAUAUCAUAAUUCUACGCAUAAUAAUAAUAAUAAUCUCAAUAUGAUUACGCAACAACCACCAAUAUUUUCUAAUACUUCUAUGUGGAGUAAUUCUGUUGAUAGAAAUACUGCUGGAUCAAGACGUUUUUCGUUACAUGAUAAUAAUAAUAAUAAUGAUCUUUCAUCUACUAUUCCAACGUGUGAAUUGUUUUCAAGACUUAAUGUCUCUUAGCUGUGUUCCCAAUAAAUUAUUAAUAUUUAUUGCUUGUCUGUUCAUUUAUUUAAUUCAUCCAUUCAUUAUUCAGAAAUUUCACUCUUUUUUUACUGUCUUUGUUGCCGCUGUUGGAGUUGUCGUUAUUGUCUUCUUCUCCUUCUCAACAGUUCGAGUCCCACUCCGCUUACUAAUACUACUACUACUACUUCAACAACCUAGACCAACGAUUUUUCGUAGUAUCAUAUCAGUCCUCAUACGAUAAGUGUGACUCAGCCUGGAGAAUUAAAUAUCUGCUCUGGGUGACUGGGUUUUUCAAAUAAUGAAGUCAACAGAUAACCUUGAGAAUUUUCUCUACAAAACAAAUUAAGCGUACUCUAUAUUGAACAUUUAUUAAAGCACCUCUUUUAAAUAUAUAUAUAUAUAUUUAUAUUCUGCCAGUUUUUUCCACUUUUUUCAAGAUAAAAUUUAGAAUUUUCCAAUUCCACUCGCUCACCUACUGACUAACUGCUAAAAAUUUGUUAUACAAGAUAAAUUUAUACUUUUCAUUUUCUUUUUGUAAAUAAAAUUUUGAUGAAGAAAUUGAUUUUAUUAUUAUUAUUAUCAUUGUACCCGAAUUCCUCUCUACUGCUCUCGCCUCCAUAAUACUACGUGGUACCGUUGA